AUGCCUCCGUUUCAGUUUCGAGGGAACGGCCCUCCCAGAGGCCCUCGCGGCUACCAUCCGAGACCUGAAUUCACAUUUCGUGCACCGCGACCGACAGCGGAGCGACCGUUGUUGAGAUCAACCAAGGAGACAACGCCGGAGCUGCUGUUUCCCGAGACAGGCGAUCAGCCCGCUCUAAAGUUUGCCUCGCUGGAAGACCUCAGUGAUAGCGAAGAAGCAGAGAUGGAUUUCUCGGAAGACUCCGACUCCGACUCCGAGGCACGCCCGCGUAAGAAGCGCGCCGUUGCCUUGGACGGAAACGUCGACUCUACUGAUCAACCCCUCCUCGCCUCUAUCCCCACGCCGACACCUCCCCCGCCCAAGUGGUCCAAUCCGGACCCCUACACUGCCCUUCCUCCUCCGGACGAGAGCCAGCACAAGCGUGUCGAUGUGGUGAAGCUAAUCCGCAAAGCGCGACUUGCCAACACUGCCACACUCGCGAAGGAGAACGACGCGGUUGUCGAUAACGAGGACUUCAUCUCUCUCGGCGCGCUCGGUGACCUUCCGGACGAGGAGAACCAAGCCCCAAAGAACGCACCAAAGGGGCCCAAGGGCUUGGAGCUCAAGGAGUCUGCGGCUGCAUCUCGCAAACGCACUCGAGACGACCAGCCCAAGCCUUUGACUAUCAAGACCGGCAAGCCUUUGCGGCGUUUCAAUAUGGACGGGUCUAUCCUCGAUGAAUGGAAGGCUCUGAAGAACCAGAGCCCCACCCCUUGGAUCGAUGCAGUCCAUGGGCUGAACAUCUCGUCUAGAUUCCACAAUGAGAUUCUCGCUUUUUACAACUGGGCCAAGCCACAUCACUUUGAGCAGAUCGUCCGCCAGGAUAUUGUGGACCGCCUGGAACGCGCAUUUCAGAAGCGAUACUCGGGUGUUCAAAUCCAUGCAUUUGGAUCCUUUGCAUCUGGGCUGUAUCUCCCCACCGCCGAUAUCGAUCUCGUCCUCCUCUCCACUUCCUUUAUGAAGACAGGUGUGCGAGCAUUUGGGGAACGUAAAGGACAGAUUUACGCCUUUGCUGGCUUCGUCAAAACCUCGGGUCUUGCUGUGGAUGGUUCUGUAGAGGCCAUUGCUCACGCUCGAGUCCCCAUCCUCAAGUGGGUUGAUAGGCUGACGGGCCUCCGUGUUGACUUGUCUUUUGACAACGAUAGCGGCCUGCUCGCCAAUAAAACCUUCCAGGGAUGGAAGGAGCAAUACCCUGCGAUGCCCGUCAUCGUUUCCGUCAUCAAGCAAUUUCUUCUCCUCCGAGGUCUCAAUGAGGUUCCGACUGGUGGCCUGGGAGGCUUUUCGAUCACUUGUAUCGUAACCAGCCUUCUUCAGCACAUGCCCAGAGGCCAGGAGCGCAAUAUUGGUAGUCUCUUGCUGGACUUCUUCCACUUCUAUGGCAAGGUCUUCAACUUUGAGCGGACCGGCAUGCGCAUGAACCCUCCUGGCUACUUCAACAAAGUUUUUGAGAGCAAGGAUCGCCUAUCAAUUGAGGAUCCGAACAAUCCCGACAACGACAUCUCCGGCGGCACCAAGGAGAUUGGCCUGAUCUUCAGGGCCUUCCGCCACGCGUAUUGGAGCCUGAAAGACCGCAUUGAUUGGAUGAAUGCCACCAGCAACCGCAACGCGAGUAUUCUGGGAGCCAUUAUUGCGGCCAAUUACGACGAGUACACUGAACAGCGAUUCCAGCUCCGUCAUGUCUUCGAUACCGCUGUCCAGUUUGCGAAGCACCGGGAGUCUCCACCACCACCGCCGCCUCUUCCCGUGAACGAGUCUCCGCCCCCGCCUCCUCCCAGUGGUCCUCGCAGCCACAUGCGUUUCGCGCCGGAAGUGCGAGCCUAA